AUGAAUUUCAAGUCUUCCACAAUAAAUUCCAGUCUAUUAACCUCACACUCUCUCACCUAACCUAGACGUAUAGUGCGUAUUAUGGACAAGCAAUGCUCUCAUUGCGGCCGCACUUUCUCAAAGACUGAACAUCUCCAGCGCCAUGAGCGCUCGCAUACCAAAGAGCGACCUUAUCAAUGUACAUUCUGCCACAGAGUAUACGCUAGAAGCGAUGUCCUACACCGUCAUAUGAAGGGCCACCAUUUACCAAAAUCAGGCGUUGUGUUCCCACGUGGCUCGCAGAGACGAUGUAGAGGCCCUCCAGAGACAAUAAAUCGAGACGAUUUAUCGACGACAGCGCAAAAACAGGCUGUGAGCCAGGAAGUAAGCUUGAACGACACCGAUUUUGGAGCUGAUGCCGAGCCUGUGGUUGUCCAACGAUUUGUAAAGCCCAACAUCCAGAAGCCGGGCAUAUCCUCUCCAACAUCCAUUGUCCAAGAAAAUGUUUCGGAAGAUUGUGACCAUGGUGUUGUAGAUCAAGCGACCGUUGACUCAAAUGCCGCGCUACCUCUCACAGACUACCGAGAGAUCCAUUCAGAUUUUGCCCCGCCUUUAACACCGUCUUACCCAAACUUUGACCUUGACAUGCAAGGUGCACUUAUGGAGGAACAAACUUCAAUUCACGAUGGCUGGCCAAACCUGUCACACAGUCUGCUGGGAGACAAAGCUCAGCCUAUUGCCGAAUCCACAGCACAGGGCACGAAUUCCAGAGGCAACGAUAGCCAAGCAGAGCCCACCGCCUCUAUGCAGUCCAGCCGCACACAACUAUCACCCGACCUUUUUGGCAUCGAGUUUGAAUCCUCCACCGACUUCUUCCAACUUGGCAACGAAGACUUAUUUGCGAACCUGGUCGCUCCAGGGAUACACCCUGGCAUGCUACAUGCCUGGCCGGAUAACACGAUUAUGGAUAUGUCCCCGAAUGUACAAAUCCCAGAGUGGGCACCUCGCCCACUUGGUACUUCCGAUACCCAUCUUCGGUCUCAUACUCGCCAGUGUUCUUCUGAAGCAUUGACCAGUCGUGGUCAGUCGCAGUUGAACAUACUCUCUUCUAAUCGGAUUGAGGAGGUGCAGAAAUGUUGGCCAAUAGAUACAAAGAUGAAUUCGAUGUUAAAUAUGUCUACCUGGGACUCAAUUCUGCGAGAUGGCGCCAGAAAUCUUUUCUCGAUGGAAAGUGAGGCCGACCCUGGUCAUGACUGCGACAAUCAUGUCGCGAGCCCAUGGGACUUCGAUCUCGGCUGCUGGUCCAGGGUCAAAGACAUCCUCAAUUCUCCGUCACCCUCAACCUCACGAACACCAUCAGCAGAGUCUGCUCCCCUUCCGUCCAACAACUCAGAACCGCCUGAAGGUUCUGCUGUUGCUAUGCCACCGUUUGACAACUUUGAAAUGAUAUUGGACCUUUUCUUUCUGCAAUUCCAAUAUCUCAGCAUCGUCCCAAUAGUACACACGCCAACAUUCUCAGCAAAAGCUUGUCCCACAACUCUGCUUCUUUCUAUUGUCACUUUGGGAUGCAGCAUGAUAAGGACAACGGCAGCGAAUCUAUUUGUCUCGCAAAUAUUCCCUGGUGUUGUCGAUAUACUUCAGGCCGAAUUGAAGUCUCGCGCUAAAGUGGCAGGUUUCUCGCGUGAAGUCAUCGUCUCUUUGGCGUCAGCUCUUCUGAUCCUUUAUGCCGCGCUCAUAUCAGGCGAGAGGGGCAAGAUUCAAGAAGCGAGGACACUGUAUAUUGAUACGCUCUCACUUGCCCAAUGGUACGGAGUUUUCACAAUAUCAGAAUCCGUAUUCUGCGGACCAACGCUCGACGACGGAAUCAAACUUGAACAGAUCUGGACAACGUGGUCUAAGGCUGAGUCCUUGAAAAGAAUACAAGGAGCCUUCAUCGAACUCGACUCCUGGUACUCUGGUUACUUCUCGACGAUGCCCAUACUGCGGCCAGAAGCCUUACGCAUUGCGGCACCCGCUCAAAAUGAUCUCUUCCAGGCAGAUUCUGCGCAGCGCUGGGGACAGUUGUUCAAAGGCCAGCAGCCCCUAUCCACUGUUCUUGCGACCCCUUUCACCUUUCCUCGCUCACUUGACCUCACCAAAUCGGCUUCGCUCUACGCAUAUCUCAACAUACUAUAUCACAGGACCACUGAGAUCUACUGCCGUUUGAUAACCUCGCCAGAGAUGGCACGCGAGAUUGAGCCUUGGCGGAGCUAUGAGAAGGACUUUAGAGACCGUUCUUUACGUCCUCUUUUGACUGCGAUUCCAAGGGAGCGUGCCGGUGGCCUACGCUCGACAGAUUUGAACUCGUCGUUGUUAUGGAAUUUCACGAGCAUGCUUCUGUGCGUGAAUGUUCGCAUGCUCGAACAUUCUUCUGGGCGAUAUGGCGGCAAGCUAGCAGCGCAAGGGCUUGAGGAUAUCCGAGUUUGGGCGCAAACACCAAGUGCACGGAGGGCCGUUUUGCACGCCGGACAAAUUUAUCGCCUCCUUUACGACCGCAGAGCCUCGGAUCCGUUGGGACCACAUGCCAUGUCUGCUGCGUUUACAGCUGGGCUGGCAAUGGGAUUUUAUUAUGAGUUCGCUACGGCUACAACACCAGUACAUCCAACAACAUUAGCGGACCUCUUUUCCGAGCUUGACUGGGGAUCAAUUGCCGACUGUGGGCUCGCCAAUGGACCUGAAGCCUUGGACUCCAUGCCGCAGCCUGACGGAUCCGAAAGUCUCCGUCAAUUCAUUCGAAGCGGAGGUCAAUUCACCGUCCGUGGACGAGUUCUCCCUUGGAAAUGCAGUACUGGACGCAAAUCCAUGAUCCAUUUCGCCGAUCUCCUCGAGAACAUCUGGCGUAAGAAAGCUUCACCGUACUCGUGCGUCCUGCAUGCUGUAGCUGAGACCACUUCAUACACAAUGCCAUGAUCACUACGAAUACUCAUGGCACUUUUGUAUACUCUCGACUGAUAGCAUCUACACAAAGAGACGGAGUCAAUUGCUGCUAGUACGGUGCACGAGCUCCUUCAUAAAUCCGCCACAGCCGCCUUAGACAUGAGUAUGGG